AUGCUGCACUUGAAUUCCAUCCCUACUCACAGUCAAAGUGAGACGAAUAUAUCACAUGCGAAUGAACCGGAAAUUACGUUUUCUUCGCCCUUCCAUUUGGCCAACAACGUACAGAAUUUGAGCUUGGGUGGUCCUGCUUCCGAGGGUACUUGCUACCGCAACUGCAUGGUUCCAGAUAUGCACCCUGAACAAGGCAAUGGCUCGUACUCAUUGAUUGUGAGAAAUCUCCCCGCUGAUAUCACCCAUAGAGAGGCACAUCUGAUGUUUGCCCUGGCAAAUGGCGUCAACAGUGUCGAACUUGUCAGGGACGAGCAAUCACACAGGAAAACCGACGCCGUUGGCACCUCUCAGUCCGUGAUUGUUGCCAAAUUCAGUUCACUGCACUUGUCCACUGUGUACGCCACAAUUUUGAAUUCUAAAAGAGACUUGUUCGGUACAACUUCCACACUCGGUCUAGUUGCCGAGAUUAUUGACAGCGUCACGAAGAAAGGAGUACCCGUGCCACCGAUGGUCCAACACUCACCACGAAACUACCGCUUGACAGGGUCUCUAACAAAUCCAGCGCUCACGGGUACCCCGACUCAAAAUGCAAACAGGUCGUUGCAACAGAGACCAAGCUUUUUACAACAGGCAAAAUCUAGGUUUUCGUUUAGUGAUCCCUUCACAAAUGACUCAAGCCAACAGGUAAACGGCUCCACACAACAUAGUCAGCACGAUGCAAACACAUCCGCCUCUAGAGACACGCCGACAGCAGCUGGCAAAUCGCUGUUGCUAAUGGAAAAUGCUGACAGUGACAUCAAUGAGGAUAUCUGGAAGUCGAACAUCCUACCUUCCACGUUCACGGAUCCUCCACCAGCCGUAUCCACUCCUAUCAUGGAAUGGGGGAACAAGCAAGUCGGCAAUGGCACUGCUCCAAACCAAAUCAACCAGAUGAACACUGGCAAUCCAGGUGCGUUUUUCCUACCCAAUGCCACUAAAUCUACAGUACAGUCAAAUUCAGUGAUGCCAUACGAACUGGGCGGAUCGAUGAACAGACUUGCAAAUAAUGGCAACAGGGCAGAUCAUCCAGAUAGGAUUAAUCCCAGUUCAAGUAUUCCCUUUAGUAUGGGCAAUCUCUCGAUGGAAAAUGUAGAUGUCAACGGACCAGAGAGCAGCAAGUUUAUGAAAUACCAGACGAACGGACAGUUGCCCACACCACAACAGAACCCAAUUUAUGCGAAUCAUAACCAGUUGGACGUGUCCCGGAAGAAGGGAACAAGUAUAAAUCAAUCGCCAAUGAACAGCAACUCCAGGAACUUGACUUCCUCGGACGCCAGCAAUUCCAAAGCACCAGCUCAACCUAGUGUCCGCAAAAGUUCCACUGGAACUCCGAUAUCGAUUACUGCCACAGACUCGGAUAGCGCUGUGGCUUCUAUGUCGCAGGCCGACCUGUCACUCCUGGCGAAGAUCCCUCCUCCGGCAAACCCGGCAGAUCAAAAUCCACCUUGUAACACUCUGUACGUGGGGAACCUCCCCUCAGAUGCCACUGAACAAGAACUUCGACAACUGUUUGGUGGUCAACAAGGGUUUAGACGACUAUCGUUUAAAAACAAGAACCCAACUAACGUUCACGGUCACGGUCAUAGUCAUGGUCACGGCCAUGGUCCAAUGUGUUUUGUUGAAUUCGAAGAUAUCAGUUUUGCAACAAGAGCCCUCGCAGACCUGUACGGUAGUCAAUUACCGCGUACCACCGUAUACAGUAAAGGCGGUAUACGGCUGAGCUUUUCCAAAAAUCCAUUAGGUGUACGUGGACCCAACACAAGAAAGAGUGUGACCUCUUCUAAUUGA